AUGGAGGUACCUGAUUCUUCUAAAGUUAAGCUGGUUGCAUAUAAACUCAAAGGUAGAGCUGCAUCUUGCUUGGUGGAACGUAACCAGUUGAAUGAUUCUGAAGAACAAUUAGUUGCGCGUUUUGUGGAUGGAUUAAACAACUUAAUUCAACAAGGAAUGACACAAUCUGCGUUUACUAUGGUUGAAGAUAUCCAACAAGCUAUUAAAGAUGAGAGGCGUGUACUUAAUACUUCCAGACAAGCAACUCCUCGCAAGCUCGUUAUCAGCAUUACUAUAAACCAUCCAAACCAUAUAAUUCUUCUUAUGCAACAACAACAAGCUAAACCAGCAAGUGUUAGAUUCUCUAAUAGAAUGCAACAACAGUUUCCACCUCCAAAUAAAGCUCCGAACAUUUAUUCCAAAUUUCGUGGAGAUAAACGCAAUAAAUGUAACCAACCUGGUCAUUCUUCAGCUGAUUGUAGGCGCUUUAAUGGUUUCAUUGGAGAUAAUCAAGUACAUAAUGAGGCAAAAGAUAUUGAAAUUUUUGAUGAUGAUGAAGGUAAUGCAGUUCAAGAUCUUGAUUUGCAUGAGAGUUAUGGUGAUCAAUUUGUUGGAAUGAUUCGACCACUCAUGCUUGCUGAACCAUGUUAUUCUCAACGCCAUAGUAUUUUCAAAACUAAGUGCUUUAUUGGUGGCAAAGUCUGUGACAUGAUCAUUUACAAUAGCAGUGUAGAAAAUUUCAUUGCAUCUGUUGUUGUCGAUAAAAUGAGAUUACCAACUACACCACAUCAUACCCCUUAUUUUGUAGAAUCUGUGCUAUGUGAUGUCAUCGAUAUGACUGCAACACAUAUCCUACUUGGAAGGCCAUGGCAUUAUGAUGUUAGAGGAGUUCAUAACUGUUUUGAGAAUACUUACACCUUUUACAAAGAUGGUAAACGAGUGACUCUGUUUUCUUCAAAAUCUUCUUCAGUAGUUAAGGAAUGUAGUGAUUGCAAGACUACUGCUUUGGUGGAUACUAUCUCUCGCUCGUUACAUUCAACUCAUACUUUGAGUUCUCAUGAAGACACCAAACCUAUGGUACAAGUUCCUUCUCAGGUACAACCUUUAUUAUCUAAAUAUCAUGCAUUAUUCCCUGAAGAAUUACCUGUGAGUUUACCACCUUUUCGAGAUGUUCAGCAUUGCAUUGAUCUUAUUCCUGGAUCUUCUUUACCUAAUCAAGCUCAUUAUAGGUUAAGUCCUACUGAACAUGAAAUAUUACAUGAUCAAGUUAAUGAUUUAUUAACUAAAGGAUUAAUUAGACCUAGUAAUAGCCCUUGUGCUUGUCUUGCUUUUCUGGUGCCUAAAAAAGAUAAUGGAUGGAGAAUGUGUAUAUAUUGCAGAUCUUUGAAUCGUAUAACCAUUCCUUAUAGGUUUCCCAUUCCUCGUAUUGAGGAUAUGAUUGAUCUUUUAGCAGGGUCUAUCAUUUUCACUAAACUUGAUCUUCGGAGUGGUUAUCAUCAGAUUAGAAUCAGAAUUGGAGAUGAAUGGAAAACUGCUUUCAAAAUAAGAAAGGGAUUAUAUUAA